AUGACUGGAAGAAAUGAUCAUGCAAUCAUUGAUGCUUUGGAGGCUAUGUCCCAUGUGACGAGUCAGGCACUGCAGAAUCAGAAUGGUAUGAUAGAUGAAUUCUGUGGGCUGAGUAAGUUUCAGAGGAACAAUACUCCGACUUCUAAGGCGAGGUACGAUCCCGAGGGUGCUCAGGUUUGGUUGCAAAAGAUUGUGAAAAUCUUCAGAGUGAUAACUUGCAUAGAUGCGCAUAAGGUUCUAUUUGGUACUCAUAUGUUGGCCGAGGAAACAAAGUAUUGGUGGGACAAUGCUCAUCAAAGGCUUGAGGCUGCAGGGUAUGAGCUAAGGGUUCCAAGUGUAUCAAGUUUGAGAGUGGCUUGCAUCCAGAGAUCAAUAAAUUCAUCGAGGUAUCAGGAGAUUCAUCAGUUCUCCGUGUUGGUUAAUAAGUGUAGAAUCUACGAAGAAGAUAGUUGUGUUAAAUCAGUUCACUAUAAAAGUGUUAGUGAGAAGAAAGGUGGAAAUCAAAAUCGUAGAAAACCAUAUGUGUCUCUAGCUGAUAAAGGGAAGUGGAAAGCUUCAUAUGGGAAAGAGACAAAUGGGGGAGGCACUCCUGCUUAUCUUAGAUGUUUUAGUUAUGGAGGGAUUAGUCAUUGUGCUAGUGAUUACAAGAGUUCUAGUCAGAAAUGUUUCAAGUGUGGGGAGCUAGGACACCGCAUUGCUGAUUAUAGAGUAAUAUGCUGA